AUGCCUCCUCUCCGACCCCCGACAUCCGUCCCUAUGUUCCGUCUUUUCCGUCCUAUCCGCGCAACGGGCCGCUUCUCCUCCCGCGCCAUAUCCUCAUGCCACCGCGCAACACGCCCGAUAACCAACAGCCCACGCCAGGGCAUUGCACUCCCGCGGCAUGCCCAACCCACCAUAAUCACAAACAAAAUCAGGACCCUAGCCACAACCUCCAGCGGCAAGUCACAGGGCGACGAGAUGGUUGAGGAACUGCAAGAACUUUAUGAAACCGCCAAAGACGAAUUCGAAAUCGCCACCGAAAGCACCGACGGCGCCACCAUCUACGCCGCGUCGGACCGCGAGUCUGCGCGCGACGCCCUCAACCAGCUGCUGGCUGUGUACUCGCUGUAUACGACGGAUAUUGCUUCCACGGCGGGGUCGCAGGAGCCCGAGCCGGAUGACCGGAGCGAGAUUGUGGAGACGAAUUUUGAUCCGGCGGCGAUCCCUGCGGAGGUGCGUGACGAGGUGAAACGGCGCGUUGGGCAGCGGGUGCGCGAGUUGCAAAAUGCGGUUGAGGUGUUGGAGGAGAGGGCGAAGGCUGAUUGA